UUCCUCCGAAAUCCGACAACCCUCGUUCAUCUUGGAGUCGAUUGGCGGAUUUGCUUCUUGUACUCUAGUUUGAGCGUAACGCAGGCCGAAUUACCCGCACAUAACCACAAUCGUCUUGAUAAACAUAUAUGCUGCAGUUCAGAACGAGCUUGAGCAUUCCAUCGAAGAGAUUCGCUCUGCCCAUUUCUGCCCUGAAGCCCAGCGUCCCUCGCCUGCGUCCAUCUGCAUUCACGCCGCUACGAACCUACUACGGUAAUAUCUCAGACGACAAGAUGGCACCUCAAUUAGAGCCUUAUUUCAAGAAGGUCGACGAAUUAGCGGACACUUUCAUCGAGCGUCUACGAAAAGCUGUAGCCAUCCCAUCAGUAUCCGCAGAAGAGGAACGGAGGAAGGAUGUCGUCCGAAUGGGACAAUUCCUCGCGUCCGAGCUAGAAGCCCUAGGCGCAGAAGUCGAACAACGACCUCUGGGUAAGCAGCCUGGCAAAGAACACCUGGACCUACCUCCCGUCGUUGUCGCACGCUACGGCAAUGACAAGAAAAAGCGCACAAUCCUCGUCUAUGGCCACUACGACGUACAACCCGCUCAACUCGAGGACGGAUGGGCCACGAAACCAUUCGAACUGACCGUCGAUGAGAAAGGACGCAUGUUUGGCCGUGGCAGCACCGACGACAAGGGACCCGUCCUAGGCUGGCUCAAUGCCAUCGAAGCACACCAAAAGGCAGGUGUAGACUUCCCGGUCAACCUCCUCUGCUGCUUCGAGGGCAUGGAAGAAUCCGGUUCGGAAGGACUUGAUGACUUCAUCAAGGCCGAGGCAAAGAAGUUCUUCAAGGACGCCGACGCAGUUUGCAUUUCCGACAACUACUGGCUGGGUACCGAGAAGCCAUGUCUGACAUAUGGCCUGCGAGGCUGCAACUACUACUCAGUCGAGAUCUCAGGACCAGGCCAGGAUCUCCAUUCCGGUGUCUUCGGCGGUACUGCUCACGAGCCCAUGACCGACCUGGUACAGAUCCUUGGCAAGCUCGUUGAUGCGAAAGGUCACAUCUUAAUCCCGGGAAUUAACGAGAUGGUUGCGCCAGUGACAGAAGAAGAGAAGAAACUGUACGGGCCCAUCGCGUACAAGAUGGAUGACCUGUACGAAUCUCUGGGCAGCAAGACGGGCAUUUUCGAAGACAAGGAACACACUCUCAUGGCGCGCUGGCGGUAUCCGUCUCUCUCAGUACACGGUGUCGAGGGAGCGUUCUCCGCGCCGGGCGCAAAAACAGUCAUCCCCGCCAAAGUGAUUGGCAAGUUCUCCAUCCGCACAGUGCCGGACAUGGAAUCCUCCCAGGUCAACGACGCGGUCUACAAGUUCAUCAAGGACGAGUUUGCGAAGCUCGACACCAAGAACAAACUCGACGUCUACUGCCAGCACGAUGGCAAGUGGUGGGUCGCCAGCCCCAAGCACUGGAACUUUUCGGCUGCCAGCAAGGCUGUCAAGGAAGUAUUUGGUGUCGAGCCCGACAUGACGCGUGAGGGUGGCAGUAUCCCGGUCACGAUUACCUUUGAGGAGGCCACUGGUAAGAAUGUGCUGUUGUUGCCCAUGGGUAGCAGCACGGAUGGUGCACACAGUAUCAAUGAGAAGCUUGACCGGUCAAACUACAUUGAGGGUAUCAAGCUGCUGGGCGCAUACUUGCACUAUGUUGCUGAAGAGCCUAUGAUCCAGGCAUAAGUCAUGGAUGCAGACAUACCUUGACGUGGUCGCAUGGAUUGUUUAGCAUGUUCGAGUUAGAGGUAGAAUACUGUCUCGCUGUCAAAGAAUAUCAGAUGCCCAGUUCCAGACUGACCUCGAAUAUCCUCCACCUACCUCGCGGGUCGUAAACUACUAUUGUACAAUCGAGCCCUCCAGCUCUGAUGGCAUGG